ACAACUGUUGCCUGAUCUGAGCUCUCCCCUCUCAGUGUGUGAACGAGUCAGCCGGCGAAGCAGUGCAGCCAGAGAGGGACAGUGUGUGAGGGUGCAGAGUCUGUGCUUGUGUGUUUGUGUCUGUGUGUGUGCGUGUGUGUGUGCACGUGUAUGCAUGUGUGUGUAUGUAUGUGUCUGUGAAACAGUGAGAGAGGAAGUGCAGGUGAAGCCAGGCAGUGUUUUGAAGUGGAUGGUACAUUGCACUCCUCUCUCUGCCUCUCGCUGGACUAUUCCACCAUCAAGGACUCACCCCUCGGACUAUCCGGACGCUUCCUCCUCCUCUCGGGAACACCUGUGUGCAUGUGUGUGUGUGCAGAGGAGACAACAGACUUGGGCCUGCUGAGGGUCUCUGGCUGGGGGAGAAGGGGGGACUGCUGCUGACCAUGGAUUCCCCUCACUAGUAAACGGGGGUGGCGUGGAGGAGCGGGUGUGUCCGGUCAUCAUGUGCACGCGAGCCAGUCCUGACCCCGUCCCUGAGUGCCAGCUGUUCCCGGGAGAGGUGGAGGGCCCUGAAGAGGAGGUGGCAGACGACGGCAGGGAGAGGGAAUCGGACAGAGACAGCGCUGUGGAGAGCACCCAAGGGUCGGACACCUCAGACGGGCUCAUCAGAGCGGGGGACAAGGAAGACGCACUCGGCGAUCUCUUUUUCCCGGGGGAGAAGUGUGGUCAGACCAGCGUGUCAGUGACCUCUGACCUAUCGACACGUUCCUCGGCUUCUCUGAACGAGGAGCAGUUUGAGGACUACGGGGAGGGGGAGGAGCCAGACUACGCUCUCAGCAGCCCCUGUCCGGACGACGAGACUCGUACCAACGGAUACUCGGACCUCGGUUCAUCUGUUCCCUCGAGUGCAGGACAGACUCCUCGUAAGGUGCGUCAGCAUUACCCCGGCGAACUGAUGGAUGUCUUUUGCUCUCAGUGCAGCAAAAAGGUCAACCUCCUAAAUGACCUGGAGGCUCGCCUGAAGAACCUCAAGACUAACAGCCCCAACAGGAAAAUCUCCAGCACGGCGUUUGGAAGGCAGCUUCUCCACAACAGCAACUUAAGCAGCAGCAAUGGCAGCACGGAGGACCUGUUCCGAGACAGUAUCGACUCCUGUGACAUCGACAUCAAUGAGAAGGUGACUUCUCUGGAGAAGAAGGUGGCGGAGCUGGAAAAUGAGAUUCUGAUGAACGGCGAUGUCAAGUCCAAGCUGAGGCAGGAGAACACACAACUAGUUCACAGGGUUAAUGAGCUGGAGGAGCAGCUGAAAGACACAGAGACACGAGCAGAUCAAAACCUGAUGGAGGGGCUGAGGCGACAUCGAGAGGCCUACGGCAAGAUGGAGCGAGACAAGAACACACAGACAGAGCUGCUGAACAACCGAGUUAAGCAGCUGGAGGAGGAAAACUGCGAGAUGUCUCUUCACAUGUGCCGACUCAGGUCACAGACGGAGAAACUGGAUGAGGAGAAGCAAAGAAUGACGGACAAGUUGGAGGACACCAGUCUGCGCCUGAGGGACGAGAUGGACCUCUACAGGAAGAUGAUGGACAAACUGAAACAGAACAGACUCCAGUUCCAGAAAGAGAAGGACGCCAUGCAGGAGCUGAUAGAGGACCUGCGUCGAGAGCUGGAGCAUUUGCAGCUGUUCAAGCUGGAGACGGAGAGGCCUGGCCGCGGCCGCACCUCCUCCACGAGUCUGGCCGACUUCAACUGCAGGACCAGGGAGGUGGAGCUGGAACACGAGGUCAAGAGACUCAAGCAGGAGAACCAGAAGCUGAGGGAGCAGAACGAUGAUCUGAACGGUCAGAUCCUCAGCCUCAGUCUCUAUGAAGCAAAGAACCUGUUCGCCACUCAGACCAAGGCCCAGUCUCUGGCUGCAGAGAUAGAUAAUGCAUCGAGAGACCAGCUAAUGGAAGCCCUGAAGGAGCAGGAGGAAAUCAACCUGCGCCUGCGACAGUACAUGGACAAAAUCAUCCUGUCCAUCCUGGACCACAACCCCUCCAUCCUGGAGAUAAAGAACUAGCAGUGACUCAACUGGAGUGAGACUCAUCCUGGAACUCGGGAGGACGAGGAUCAUUCCAGUUGCUGCAUCAAGACCUGAUUCUGUACAGGAAGCAGAGACAAGGGAAGAGCCAGUCGGAAACCGGGACAUAUAAAUAGACAUGCAUCGCCCCCUGCUGUUUGUGGCUGGAAGGGGACUUAUUCUGCAGCGAAGGCUCAAAGCACUGGUUGCUCACUGACUUUUGAUCAUUUUGCUGUGACUCUGCAGCUUGAACUUUGUUUCUGUACGUCCUUUGACCUGGAGACAAAACUGGAGAUCCUGCUUUGUGCGAUCACUGGACAUAAUGUACUCGGGAUUAGAAACUGGAACGAUGUAUUAAACCUGAUGUGGGUUCUACUGUUUCCUGGUGUAGUGUUGGCUGAGGCCGUUUGGUACAGUGUAGAGAGAGACGUUUAGGACGGUACAGUGAGACAGACAAACAAAGUUGACAUGUAAGACUGUAAACCUGAGCGAGACAGACAUGAAGGCGGGUCAGUCCACUGCUGUCUUCUCUCCCCCUGUCAUGUCGGUGGUCUCUGAAUGGAUGUGAUGUGCUCAGACCAGCAGGUGUUGAAAGGAGACUGAGGAAGGAGGCAGAAGUGGUGAGGGAAAGAAAUGAAGAAUGCCUUGAUGUGAAGUUGAAAAAGAUGAAUUAAGCAACAGCGGGAAGUCGGAUGAUGAUCCACGGAUCCUAUCACAGGAGGGUUUUUGUCUUUAGUGAAGUCAGCGAAGGUUUAUAGAAGGUGACGUUUUUUGGGGGGGGUUUAUAUUCUUGAGACCAUGUCUUCCAGGAACUUGAAACAGCACUUGCAGAGUCAAUCAGUCCAGUGGUGAACCUUUUUUCACCAAGAAGUGGCCCUUAGGUUGGAUCAGGCGAGUAGCAGAGUGUCACUUUAUGAGGCUGCAACCGAGGAGUGUCUUUAAAUUGUGUUCUUCCGUGGCUGCUGUGCGCCAGCAAGAGCAUGAGCUUGUAAGGAUUCUCUCCGUCGAUAGCAAUAGACCCAAUGAUGUUGCACAGAAAUGUUAUGAAAUGAAUGUAUAGGACGUACGGUGGAGUGACGAGUAGCCAUUGUGACUUGUUUACUCAUCUCUCUCUACUCAGUAAAAAUCAACUCAGAAACUGGAGUCCAUCUCCUUUUUGGUACAAAAAACUGGAUAGGUACAGUUUUUUUAUUCCCAACUUUAUUCAAGAACGUGGUCUUUAGUUUGACUGCAGGAUAUUUUGUCCCUUGGACAGAUUUCAAGCGCUCACACUGCGUCUGUGCGCACACGAAACGUCUGCUCCAUGAUUUCUUCUCUGCUCUUGGUUAUCCUUUCUUCUAUUUUGUGCGAUAAGUCUUUCAAAUUCCCCAACCAAUAGAAUGCCCGUUGUAGUGUUAAAAAUGAAAUUGUCCCGCCCACAUCGUGGGUGUGUUAGCUUUACUGCACAAGCAAAAUCUGAAUGUGACAAAAUCUGAUUGUGCCACAAAUAAAUCCUGCUCUCAAACAGAAACACCAAGCUGUCCAAUAAAGACGGGGGGGAAAUCCCACAGAUUAGCAAUCUCAAUCUCUGAAGCCUACAGGUCUCAGAUUGUAGGGAAUGGCUCUCUGGUACUCUCUUAUACUGUAAAUAUCAUGAAUGUACUACUUGAUAUUUCACUUUGUGUGUGGCCAAAAAAGGCUCUUUGAAUUGAAAUCUGUUAAACACGGUGUAAGACGUGUACAGUAUUCUCUACUGCAAUGAGCUCGUUCUUUUAAGAUGGGAAAUAAUUACAAUCUGCUGUGUCAUGUAAUGAUUUAAAACUUGAGUUUUGCUUCCUUGCACAAAAAAGACGUUUGUUUCCUUUUGCAUGGAUCAACUUUUCUUCUGUCUGUGCCUUUUUGAGGACUUUUUUCAGGAAGACGUUGCUAUAGAUUUCCACAGGUGCGUUUCUAUGUCUGUGUCUGACAUAUUUUCUGGAAUUUCUUGAAAUGUUGUAAUUAUAUAGUGAAAAUUUGUAUUCACGUGCCACUCACCACUGUUUUUAAAGAUUGACAAAAUGAGAUUUUAUACAGUUUUAUCAUGAGAGACCUUGCUUUAGGUUGUUCACAUUAGAAAAGCACUAUAGCACACUGCUUUGUACGGUACGCAAUCCAGCUUAGCAAAUUGGGAAUAUUUUAUCAAUUAUAUUUUUUAAUGCAGUGGGGGACUUUUUGUUUAAUGUCUCAUUUUCGUGUUAGUCACGAUGAAUCCAUUGCUUUUCAAUUUGUUUAAAAUUGGCCUUUUCUAUGGUUGUAAAUCGUCUUCCUAACUUAAGCUAAAUGUUGAGCAUUAUGAGCAAUAUGAACUUAAUUUCCACCAGCUGAUUUUUGUCCUGUUUUUGCCUCACAAAUAUAUAGCUGCUUGUGCCAACCUAGGUUUAAACAGAAAAAUAAAAUACAAAACGGGAAAAAACAGUACAUUGAUCUUUAAUUAUUAGGGCUGUCCAAUGCAAUGUUAUCACUAAGUGGCAAUAAAAAUGGCUUUGGCAGUAAUGCUGGCUCAUGAAACGUCAUCAUUUUAAACUGUGUUUUUUGUCCUCAUAAUAAACAACAAUUUCUAAAAGCUGAA